AUGUCUCAGCCCCCGUGCGGUGCUGGGAUGGCUGCUGCUCUGGGCGCUGAUGAUGCCAGGGCACAGGGCCUGCAUUCACACUGUGAAGCCGCUGAUCUGAAUUCCAAACAACCCAGCCAUGUGCAAAAGGUUGGCAGCGCGACCCUACUUGGGAACCUGUGUGCCUGGAGGCCUGGCAUUGGGUACUUGGGUUGGGGAGGUUGCAGUCCUGCUUCGGCUUUGGAGCUGGAGCAAGCGACCCUUCAGUGGCUUUUGCUGCGCUUUUGCAAGACCACCUGGACCAAAGGGAAGGUCUUCGCCUACGGCGUGUCUCUGCAGAACUUCGUACAGAGCUAUGGCGAACUGAAAUUGGUCGCCAAAGGUUCGGUGAUACAGUGCAUGGACGCAGCUGCGGCCAUCAACGGCCACUACUCUCGGCUCGAGGCUCUUCUGCAAAGGUACUCACUGACGGCUGUGGCCGCAGACGAGCGCGCGAGCGCGAACCUGAACUACAUUUACAUCUUCGAUGAUGAUGACAAGCAAAGGGCUGACUUUCAUGUUUAG